AUGGCUACUAGGAGUAGAUUUGCUGGUGCCGCGCCCAAAGAGCUUUUCACAGCUGAUGAAAUCAAUCAUGCAAUCCAAAAAAAUAAACUUGUCGUUAUCCUGUUCAAUGAACGGUACGCUAAAGGAGAAACUGUGGAAACUCAUCUGAAUUAUUGUCAGGCCAUAUACGAAUAUAGAGAUGAUGUUCACUUCUACAAAUCUCUAUUCAUGUCCUCGGCAAUUGACUCAGUAGAAAAGAAGCAUAAGGUUCAAAGUUGUCCAACGUUCCUCUUCUUCCGCGACGGCGAACUUGUGUGUCGAUUCGACGAUGCUGAUGAUGAACCUGAAGACAUCGCCACGCAGAAGAAAAAUCUCAAGACAGAAAUAACAGCCCUGAAGGACAUAACGGAUCCAAAAGAAUACCAACUUCGAGUAUUCUUAGAAAAAUUGUGUGGGAGAGCAUAA